CGUCAUCACCAUGGCAUAAACGUUUCCUUUAUAGUUGAUUAGCUUUAUGUAUAUAGAAAGUUAUCAGGAUUAUAAUUUGAUAAUUUAUUGUUAUAAAUCUAAAUUAAUUUGAAAUAGAUGAAGGUAGACAUGGACCUUCGGAUAGAAGAUCAUCUUAGGUGGCUAGACCCGGUACUUGUCCCCGAGAGAGAGAGUCAGAGUGUGGAAGAAAGUGUGAGAGAAAUUGAAAGUGUGGAAAGUGUGGAAAAAAUUGAGAUACCUAGAACAAGAAAUGAAAGGCCCAAAAUGACCUUCUGGUCAAGGUAUGAUCCUGUUAAACAGCCGCUAGGUAACACUGACCACUGGACUAAAAUGAAACAACGGGCUGUACAACACCAGUCGUUAGACAAUCCUGCCAGUCUUGGUGCACCAAUGACUCUAGAUCCAACCAUCACACGGGCGCCGUACCAACGAAAAAGCCAACUUUUAGACAUGACUUUUGACGAUUUCAUUGCAGACGGUUUACAGGGGGCGAUUCCGGGCAGUUACAUGUACACACGACCUAGAAACAGCGUGAGCCGGGAGUCGUGCAGAAGUGCUUUUAAUCAAAGAGCUCGACAGGGCUUCAGAUAUUGGCUUAUUGAAAGACCAAAACCCACCAGUU